AUGGAAUACCUGCGCAUGGCCCACCAGGUCAUCACCGAACCCCUCCUCUGUCACCUCAACCUGCUCACCCCUGGCGGCGGCGACCCUACCUACGGCCGAUCUGAAAUCCCCUACUCUGCGGCCGAGCACCGCCUCAUCUACAGCAACCCCGAAGUAUCCGCCAUCCGGCGUCGCGUCCUCAUCCCAGCCCACUCCCUCCUCGAAUCCGGCUCGUGGGACAAAGAGAAAUGGUCCUGGGUCACCUACUACAUCUGGACGUGUCCGUCCGCACUCGACUCCGAAGGAUUGCAUAGUGACAUCGUCAUGGCGCACGGUAUCAAUGACUACGCGGGGAAGCUCGCGCCUCACGCGCUGCACUUCAUGAAGCGCGGGUUUCGCAUCAUUGCUAUCGACCUCCCAUCCUUCGGCCGGUCCACCGGGCUGCACGGGUGGCUGCCGAGCAUGAAAAUCAAUGCCCGAGCGAUGCACGCUGUAGUGAUGGACGUGCGGACGUGGGAUGAGGAGUCUGGGCUGCUGGGGAAGGCGGGGAGGGAACGCAAGUUGUUCGCGGAAGGACACAGUAUGGGGGCGUUUACAGUGUUGUACUACGCCGCGCUAUACCCUCCUCUCACGCCAGGCGAAGAUGGAGGGCCGGAUCUGAGUCUCAAACAGACACCAUCCGUCCAAGCCAAGACGGUGACAGAUGAGGACCUCGUCGAAGAAGCGUUGCACGCACAUGAACGAACGCCUCUUGCCCACCACCACGCCGAACGCUCCUCCGGCACCUCCAGCUCGGCGGUCCUCCCUGGCAAACCGGCACCCUAUCGACCGAGCCUCUCCGGUGUAGCCGUCGCAGCCCCUAUGAUCACCAUCUCCACGCAAUCCCGACCUCACAUGGCGGUGGAACUCGUCGGUCGACUCCUACGCUUCUUCGCAGGCCGCCUCCCGCUCGCAGCUGCCAUCAAGGGCAAGGUCUCGGACGACCCACGUGUGGAAGACGAAUUCCACGCAGACCCGCUCACGUACAAGGGCAAAGUACGCAUCUCCACCGGCCUAGCCAUUCUGGAGGGGAUCGACGAUCUCGCUGCCAAAGCACAUCUCAUCACUUGCCCCCUGACGAUUCAUCAUGGCGCCAAUGACAGGGUUACAGAUCCCAACGGAAGCAAGCAGUUUUUUGAAAAGGUGGGCACAAUGCGCGAGGAGAAGAGCAUCAAGAUCUGGGAAGGCUACGAACACGUGAUGAUGAAAGCCGUGCAAGGGAUGGAUAAGGAGGACCAGGAGAAGACGAGGGUGGUGCUAGAGGAGAUUGGCGAUUGGCUGGUUGCUCAGGCGCGGAAGUAG